CGCGGCAAAAGCCGUAACGGAAUCCCCGGGGGAAUUGGAUUUAUUACUAUGAUUUAAAAAAUAAACGAAAAGCUUAUAAAUAUAUAACGUUUAUGCUACGCGCUUUUCAGACGGACACCAAUUCGCUAGUUUGUAAGUGACCUCAGACUUUCUCUCUUUGGUGCGCCUCGAUCCAGAUCCACCUUUGUUUUGCUGUUUUACACCAAAAAACACUCAGGAUGACGGUUAGAGGUGUGUUUUUUUAACACACUUGUAUUCCGACAACGCCUCGCGCUAAAACUGACUAGCGUUUCAUACUCUCGCGCUGUUCGAUGAUUGGACAGUUGUCUGUCCCGCGCAAGAGGCGGGAGCCUAACAGCAAAUCCUACCCCAGGAGGCGGGGCUUGUCAGAGUGCAGCUAGGAAACGCACUUUUCACUACGAAACGGCUAAAAAAAACGUAAACAUUGGGCUAGGUCGCUAACGGCAACUGAGUUAAAACUAACGCUUAUUCUGUUUACAUGGGAGGUUUUUUACAUUUCUCAAGUAAAAAUGUAAGAGUUUUGCCUCAUUUACAUUAGGAGACUUGAAGUGGGUUGUUUUGAGCUACAGUUUGAUGUUAGCAUCUCGUAUCUGGGAUAAAUUAGCCUGCUGUUAGUUAGCUGCUUGAUUCUAACGGGCUCUAGAUAACUCUUUAUAAAAAUGGAGAUUUUUCUGUUCCUCGCGUUGAUCAUGUGAUAAUUAUAGGGUCUUGUUUGAAAAAUUACAGAGUAAAGUAAGCGCUAGCAAGCUAAAUAAGAGAUAUGCCAGUCAUCAUUACUGCUAACAGUUUGUCGCUUGUUUUCUUAACAUGCUGGACGUUAGCCUGAUGCGUUUGUUUAACAAACUCUGAGGACAAAUUAUUCUUUUCAAGCAAGCAGUACGUUAAGGGUUCUUUAUACAAUGGAAAACUAUGAGGAAUUUAUCCAAAGACAAGCUAUCCACAUACAGAGGAAUGUCAGUGAAAAGCCUCCUGAACCCCAAAUCAACCAGCCGUCAUCGACCAUAAGAUUUCACGGCUUGCCCAUUCUGCCUCCUCUGCUGAACAAAGAUCAGAAGGAAGAAAUGCAAAGCCUGAGAGAAGCAGCCACUAAUCUUACAAAUAAGAGGAAAACAUUGUCACUGUCUCGGGUGUCUCAUGUACAGGCCAUACUAGAGAGUGUUCAGCUGCGAAAGGUUCCAACCAUUGAAGAGUUUAAGGAUGAGACAGGACUAGAAAAUCCAUUAAACACUAAAUGCCAAAGCAUCACUUGCCUUCAUGGAGGUUACAAUGAGUAUAACAAAGCUACUGAAAGCCACUGGAAUUCAUCCUCCUUAACUCUCACUCAACAAAUGCCUAGUGAGAAAAUGGCAAUAAUGGAAAGUCACCCACUAACAUCUACAGCUUGUGAUGGUCAUACAGCUUUAAGCCUUAGACCUUUUGAAGGAGAAGAUUCAUUAGAGAGCAGUCACACAACUGUUCUGUUUGGAGGUCUUCCUGUGUUUGGUCACAAGCUGGAGCGAGCUGUGGAGAUGAACACAGGUUAUGGAUAUGACUCAUCCCCACUCUCUUAUUCGGAGAAACAUUCUCUUUUAGAUGCUAGCCACCAAGGGCUAUCAUCUGGAUAUGUGACAAAUGAAACCAAUGACAUCACCCCUAGCUGGAUUAACAGAACAGAAAACAUCAGAAAAGUUCCAGAGGGCAGACAAUCGCAUGGUGGUGAAGUUAUAUUAAAUUCCUCAAACCAGUCUAAUAGGGCUGGUGACAUUAUCAGCCAUACUCCAGUAGAUGGAGAGGUCCUGGAGGAGGAGUAUCUAGCUUUGAACAAUGCACAGAUUAAUGAGGGUACAGAGCCAGUAAAUUUAGAAGUGGAGCCAGAGCUGUCCGAAGGACCUUACCACAUGAGUCUGCAGAAUCUUUUGAAGAAAUCUCAAGAGCACAGGCGGCGUCAGCGACUCCUGCGUAACCAGGCAAAGGCUUUGAAAGCCAGUGAAGCUGGACGUGCCAAUGAACACAGUCUCUCUGAUAAGGAAAAUGAAGGAUGGCUGCCAGGGGACAAUGGGCAGGCUGAGGUCAAGAGAACCAGUGAGAACCAGGGGGAGGAUCAUUUAGCAGAUCAAGAUCCCCUGACACACAAACAAGGUGAAGGGAGAGAGAGUAUAGAGCAUUGUGAAGCCAUCCACCAACACACAGAUUGCCUUAAUCUCACUUCAGCCUCAAACAGCACAGGGAGUACAAACGGAAAGGCGUCAGCUUUCUCAAACCGUCCAAAUACAGCUGUCAGUCCCACUCAAUCCACUUCAGCAAAAUCUCUUUACCAGUCCAGGGGCAAGAAAAUGGGCAGCAUGUUGCCCAGACCUUGCCUAACAGGAAAUAAAAAAUUUAAGAAUAUUCCUACUCCCAAGAUUUGCUUAAGCCCGGUGCGCAGUAAAAAAGGCAGUGCCACGUCUGCCUCAGUCAGAAAAGCCCUGGUCAAGAUGCCUGUCUGUGUGGAUGAUGAAGCAAGACCAAAUCCAUGUGGGCAAAGCAAAAGCAGACCUGUAAGUCUCCCGCCAGGGACUGAGGGAGUUGUGCCUGUGUGCAAGAGCAUGGAUCAGGCCAAACAGAUCGCUCAGCUGGAGCUUAACCUGUCAAGCCUUAAAGUUCUAAUCUCCGAUCUGGAGUCUACACUCGCAGAGUCGCAGGCACACAAUCCCACAGACGCAGCCAACAACCCCCAGCAAACCCUGCUUUCGGAACAUGAAAGUGUUUCUCUGCCUGCUAGUGAUGGAAAGUCUCCAUGUGUGGUUACUUUUAGUGAGACAGUACAGCAGAAAGUCCUAGCUAAGGAUCAUGGGAUACAGCAUGAUCCGCCACAACGUGUCACCUCUCUGGUGCAGAAAAUGAGGGUGCCGGAGGCUUUCUGUACCAUCAGUGGUUCAAAGCAGCUCUCUGAGAGGACUGCUGUUUUCACAAAUGCCAACAAUCAGCUUGAAGAAAGGAAGAAUGCCUCGGGCGACAAAAAGAAAGCAUCUGAAAACAUGGAAGACUCCCUAAAUGGCUCAUCUCUUAAUCGGUCUUAUGAUGUGGACACACCCUCAGGACUGUGGUCCCAGUCUGGACCCAGAGGAAAGCAGCUGACCCCAGAGCUGGUUGGGCAAGAGGGGGUGUCACGUGCCAAACGCAGGCUACAAAUGAACAUUGUGGAUGGAAACACGUUGGGCCAACAGAGCAAUGAGGAACGACCUCAGUCCAGUACACCUAAAGCGAUGCAGAGGGCGGUGCAGGAGCUAGAGCUGAGGGAUGAGCAUGGUGCGCAGGUCAAAGCUCUGAUGGAGGAGCAGUGGAGACAACAGCAUGAAAUGCUGCAGUCUCUGGCAAUGAAGUACCAGUUUCUACGGAGCGUGUCCUUCCCAUGUCCCAGCUCAGGAUCACGUCUGGAGGACAUGACAACCUCCUGUCUCUCCUCCUCCCCUGUUUCUGUGGGGCUGGGCUCUUCUUCCCAUCCACAUGAGCUCACACUGUCUGAACUGAGUGCUCUGUCAGACUCGCUGCACAUUUCACAGGUGCCUUCCACGACAUUGCCAUCCCGUCUUCCUCUGUGUCAUCGCCCCCUGGUGGCAGCGGCUGUGAAAGGCUACCUGACCCGCAGGCUUCUUCAUACAGAGAGAGUAGCUCAGCUCAUCAGAACCAUUAAGGACACUCGGCUGUUUCUCCAGAGCUUUCAGCCUCCCACACCAGGCAGAGAGUACAACAGCAAACAGGAUCGAGUCCUACAAGAAAGAGUCACACUACAGUUGCGCUCAGCACAGUACGAGCUACACGACCUGUUCUUCAGAGUGUCUCCUGCAGAGCGCAUGCAGGUGAUCAGCUGGGACCGCCAGCUGACCAGAGAGAGGGAGCUCAGACGUACGGAGAAUACAGAGCUGCAGGGCAGAAGGAAAGGUUCUCUGUCUGCUGCCACUAGGAAAGCCCUGGAGAGGAAGAGGACAAUAACGCCCUCAGGCCGCUUUCUCCUGAGGAAAGCUGAUGUAACUUCCUCGUUGGUGUUGCUGUUGUCAGGUUACAGAAGAAAGCGGCAGAAAGGACAAAGCCGGCAGUGGGUGCAGAGGAAAGAUGGACGUUUGUGCCAAACCCACGCAGAGUUCCAAAGAAGACUACUCCGUUACGGCGCAGGUGAAGAGCUUACACUUCUGCUGCACACACAGACGCCAACACAGCAUGGGGCCUUGCUAGAAUAUCACCAUGUCAUGUUUAAUGACACAAUGCCUUUAUUUAUUUUUUUUAAAAGUUAGGUGUCAAAAUUUGGAAAAGUUUCCUAUUUAUUCAUCUCGCCAAGUUUAUUGUGAAAUGUAGCUUGCAAAUUGACAGGUAGUUCAUUAUUUUUUUUUUUUUUUUUUUACUCUCAGCUAUUAUAUUGACUUGCUUCUUAAUUUAUUUUGUAUUUGCAUCUGACCACUU